UCAGCCCCCUCAACCCCAACCCCAUUCCCCCCCCAAAUGCCAAAAACCUACCUAAUAACCGGCGCAUCCAGCGGCCUCGGCGCCGCCCUCGCCCACUCCGCCCUGCAAGCCGGACACACCGUGCUGGCCACCGCGCGCAACCCGACGCAAGCCUCACUCACCCACCCCUCCCUCACCACCCACCCUCACCUAACCUGGCUGCCCCUCGACAUCACCUCCCCAGACACCACCGCAACCCUCUCCGCCGCCCUCGCGGCCCACCCGCCCGUCGACGUCCUCGUCAACAACGCCGGCUACUCCCUGCUAGGCAGCAUCGAAGCCAUGACCCUGGCCGAGGUGGGCGCGCAGUUCGACACGAACGUGUUCGGGGCGAUCCGCGUGCUGCAGGCGGUGCUGCCGGCCAUGCGGGCGCGGCGGGCCGGCACGGUCGUCAAUGUCUCGAGCAGUGCCGGCGUGGACGGGUUGCCUGCUUGUGCGGUUUAUGCGGGGAGUAAAUUUGCCCUGGAGGGCAUGUCCGAGAGCCUGGCCAAGGAACUCGCUCCCUUGGGGAUCCGCGUGCUGCUGGUCGAGCCGGGCACGCUGCGGACGGGCUUCUGGGCGGCGUUUGUGGAGCCGGCGGCCGGGUUGGAUCCGGGGUAUGCGGGGACGCCGGUGGAGGCGGUUCUGACCAAGUUCAGGGGGAAUAAGACAGCACAGACUGCGGCGGGGUCGGAUCCGGUCAAGGCGGCGCAGCGGAUUGUCGAGGUGGUGGAUGGGACGGGGUUGGGGGCAGGGAAAGAUGGGCUGCUGCGGGUGCCGUUGGGGGAGGAUUGUUAUCGGCGGUUCCAGGCUAAGAUUGAGGGUCUGCAGCAGAAUUUGGAGCAGAUGAGGGAGAUUGCGCAUUCGAUUGGGUUUGAGGAGUAGAGGAUGCAGUGCUUGUAUGGAGUGUCGAGGUAGGUGGUGGGUUGUGGAUAUGUUCGAUAGAAGUAGAGCCCUGCUGACCAAAGUAUAUAUACAAAGUUGAACCCUGACCCGGUAUACCAAUUCCAACUCAAGACAUCUGUCCAGGUUAAUC